CUUAAAUCCUCAGGCGCCAGAAUGUAACUGCGGCACCAUUUAAGGUGGAACGGGAAAAUUCGAAAAAAGAAGCUGGAUAAUUGAAAGUUACCUCAGCAUCGUGGAAGAAGGUACAUGUGAAAGCUCAUAUGCUGGAUUCUGGAUGUACAGAGUGGCUCUAAUACUGUACAAAAACCGCAGAAUAUGGAUUCGUACUCGAGUGCAGACCCCACGGACUACAUCUCCCAGAGUUCAUUGCUUCAAAACACAACAGAAGGCGGGCUUAACUUUGACAGGCUGUUGGCUAGCUAAGCUAAUCUCUGCGGCUUUCAGUUGUUUUGGCCUUUAGUCUCUUUCUUCCAGAUCUCUCCGGGCAGAAGAAUAAAACCCUCUUUUCUGGGGCAGAAUGGCUUGUCCAGUCAAUCAGUCCGCUGUGGAGCUGAACCCGGCCGUGCUCCCUCUCGACUGGCUCUUGGGCACCUGGGAGUCAGACGAGCCGGGCGAAGGGUCAUUUCCCUCCAUCUCACCUUUCCGCUACAUCGAGACGCUGCACUUCUCCCACGUGGGACAGCCUGUGAUCAACUUCAUGUUUAAUGCUUUUCAUGCCGAGAGCAGAAAGCCACUUCACAGAGAAUGUGGUUUCAUCAGGAUUCAGCCUGGCACCAACAACGUGGCCUUCAUCGUCGCACAGAACUCAGGGCUGGUGGAGAUCGAGGAGGGAGAGCUGAUCGGUCAGCAGCUGACCCUGCAUAGCCGUGCAAUGGCCAGAACAUCUUUUGCCAAGGAGCCGUAUGUUCAGCAGAUUUCCAGGCUCAUCCAGCUAAGGCCAGAUGGCAGACUGGAGCAGACUGUUUCCAUGGCGCUGGAGAACCAGCCUCUGACCCAGCAUUUGCACAUUACCUACCGCAGAGCCUCCUGACCGCAGAAGAGCCAGGAACCAGCCGGAGCAGAUGGCCUAAAACGUCCUACAUGCACUCAGUGAUUUAUUCAUGUUCUAUGCACCCUCAAUGCAGAACACAGUAAAGAACACCCCGGGUCAAAUUACACACUGCAAAAAAGAUAACAUGAAAAAAUGAAUGUAAGUGAAAACGUCUUAAAUGUAGUCAGUAAAUCUAAUAUUUCU